GUUCAAUGUUGGCAAAGUUGCGUGAAUUCGCUCAAUUAGACUGGAUUUCACCGGAGAUUUCAAACUGAACCAGGGCCGAAAUCCUGGAAUCACUUACCAUGGACGAAGAAGCAUAUGCAGUGGGCAAAAAACCGGUGGUUUACGCGCCGUCCCUGGAAGAUGGAGAAAAGCCACCAUCGAAAAAGAACUUGGAGCCUUUUGGCAACGAAGAGACAGCAGAUGUCAAGUAUCGGACCAUGAAGUGGUGGCACUGUGGAAUGCUUAUGAUUUCGGAGAACGUCUCGGUGGGAAUUCUUUCUCUCCCGUCCGCCGUGGCAACCCUCGGGAUGGUACCCGCUGCAAUCAUGAUUGUUUUCGUAUCUGCUCUUUCAUGGUAUACAGGCUAUGUCAUUGGCCAAUUCAAGCUCCGUCAUCCCGAGAUUCACAGCAUGGGAGAUGCCGGCGAGCUCUUGAUGGGCCGCUUCGGCCGCGAAUUUCUGGGAAUCGGCCAGCUUCUAUUGUUAAUUUUCCUCAUGGCGAGCAACAUAGUGACGUUUAAUAUCCUGAUGAACGUUUUGACAGACCACGGCACCUGCACAUUGGUGUUUGGUGUUGUCGGACUGGUCAUCUGCUUUCUGGGCGCCUUGCCGCGGACAAUGGAAAAGGUCUAUUGGAUGUCUGUUGCUUCAUUCCUGAGUAUCUUUGUUGUUGUGAUUAUUGCCAUGAUUGCAAUGGGGGUGGAAAGCAAAAGCCACGUCCCAAUCCAAGCCACGACAGACGUGAGCUUCCGCGAGGGAUUCUUGGCCGUGACAAACAUCAUUUUUGCUUACCUCGCCCAUGUUGCAUACUUUGGCUUCAUGUCCGAGACAGAGGAUCCGCGAACCUUCAACAAGUCGCUUGCAAUGCUCCAAAUCAUCGAUACGGUCUUGUACUUAGUGAGCGCGUUGAUUAUUUAUCGCUACGCAGGACCCAGCGUCCAGUCACCCGCCAUCAACUCCCUAAGUACUGUCAUGAGCAAGAUUGCCUGGGGCCUUGCUAUUCCAACGACCAUUCUCUCCGGAGUCGUCCUGGGGCAUGUUGCAUGCAAAUACAUCUACGUGCGCAUGUUUCGUGGGUCCGACAAAAUGCACCAGCGAAGUUUUCUGUCGAUCGGAUCCUGGGUUGCCAUUUGUCUCGGGGUUUGGGUGGUAUCCUGGGUCGUGGCAGAAUCGAUUCCCGUGUUCAAUGAUUUGCUCAGUCUUAUUAGCGCACUAUUCGGAAGCUGGUUCAGCUUCGGAUUUCCCGCCAUCUUCUGGUUGCACAUGAACUACGGCCAAUACUUCCGGACUACAGCAAAGACGUUCUUGACAGUAGUCAACACUGCUGUCUUGGCCAUAUCCUGUGCUAUUUGCGGUUUGGGUCUCUACGUGUCUGGCGUGGCAAUCCAUGAAGACUCCAGCUCCAGCAGCUGGUCUUGUGCUAGCAAUGUUUGAUGCCAGAUGAGUUGAAUACCAUGUGGCUCAUUUACACUGCAUAAUAUGAGACAAUUGCUGUACCCACUGGCUGGAUGCCAGUGCUUGCAGUUCAUCAAGCCUUUGAGCCCCUGUAUGUGAAAAGCACAAUGUCAUUUACUGCUUACUGUUCUGUUCAUAAAGAAAAUGCUUUCCAGCAAUGUACAGAUAUAGAGAGAACAUAAUCACUGUGACAGACGGAUAUUAUGCGUGAAACAGAAUUCAGAUGACUUGAGUGUUUGAAUUGCCAGGCAAUGGGUUAUGGCAGUCUGUAUUACUGAAUAGCAACUGGGAGAAGUGACAAAGCGAGCAACUCGGAAGACUAUCCGAAU